CGAAUUAGCAAACACAAGCACGGUUGUGCGAACUGUCACUGAUAUAAAGGAGCUUUCAACUGCUACGAGGGCAAUCCAGUGGCUAAACACGUUGCAACAACAUGCACGUCGUAUUAAUCCCAUUUUUUCUAGCGGCCAACGUCACCACGUUCGAUUCACGUGCGUGGAUAUACGGUCCAGAAUAUGUGUUCGACGUGAAUAUCACACACGCAUUGUCCGAUGGUCUAUUAGGCGAUGCACUCUUCCAAACAAGCGUAAUCACAACUCUAAAAUGUCGUCCAAAAUCGAUGGAUCAGUUACUUUGUCAUUUCGAAGGUAUCACGGUCGAGGAUAUGAGCGGUGGUCACAUCGAACUAGGAGAGAUAGGAACUCCAUUUGUAAUAGAAUUCAGUCCACGAGGAAUCCAAAAUAUCGGAUUUUCAUCUGCGAUCAACAAAAGAAAACUUAAUAUCCUUCGGAAAAUCUUCAAAGAAUUAAGCACCGAAAUAGACCUAAGCAAAUACGCAAACGUCGUAUUGCCACAUCUCUCGUACGCAGGGGAUAAAGAUUACCCGUUAAACGACUGUUCCUCUUUGUUCGUCAUUUACGAGCUCUAUGAUUCUGACAAUCUCCAUAGAAGUAACCGAGAGCAGAGUUACGAUCAAUCUAAAAAACAGAAUUACAAUUUGGAGGUUUUGUCGUUACCAAAUCGAAAUACAGAGAAGACUGUUAUAUUUGAGAAGUGGACGGAUAAACGCAAUAGCAGAUGUCAUCCGACAUUGCAGAAAACAAUGACAAAUUUUGAAAUUGACGAAUACAUCAGCAGAAUGUCUAUCAAUAAUAACACGUUUGAGAGUGAAACAAGGAUAAGCCAGAGGGUGUCGAACAACAUAGCCAAAAGAAAUUUUACCCUGCAGGAUAUUACUUCCGUGAAACUGCUUGGUAUAAAACCCGCUACGGAUCCACUGCCGUUUUUAAAUUUCGACAAAUUUGAGAGACUACAUCCCACAGAAGCAAUGGACAACAAUAAUAAUAAUUAGAUAUUAAAACUCCCGUAGGAGAUUGGCGUUACUCUCCGUAUAAGAGGAUAGAAAUAUUGUAAAGGAACUGUAAUCAAAUUAUAUGCAAUAAAAUCUCUUAACUCUAA